GCCUAACUAAGAUGGCUGUCGGAACGGGGCGAGUGACGGAGGGACCAUCGGAUGGGAUGUUUAUCUGACGCUAACAUGAUGAACGACCGUCCGAACCGGGGAGUGGUUAGUUCGUUCGCUUCCCAGCUUCGACACAGCACAGUUCAUAGCCGUUUUCUUUUCAAUUUGGACGCCAGCGUUCCUGCUACUGCUCUGACAUUGUGGAAUUCUCUAGCUGCUAGUCGUUAGCAACCUGCCAUCGCAGCUAGCAGGUACCAGAGGAAAACAGCAGCCCCGAACCAGAACGAGAACCCAUGUGCAGCAGACCUGACUGGCUAUGGAGUGGAGUUGUCUGCAGACUGGAUGACAGGGUGUUGAAGGAGAACAAGGAUUCACAGUUCUGAAGCUUUUCUUUGCUGUUCACUGACUCUCAGUGACACCACUUGUCCUUUCCUUUUUUCUUUGAGAAAUCCAUCUCUCCUUUAUCCUCCUCUUCUCCUCCCCUCACCAGCUCCUUUGUUUUUAUUUUCUAACUGUUGAAAACUCAAAGUUUGCCUGCCACCCACUACGUCCAAGAUGAGCUGGCUGAGCAGGCUGAACCCCAGGGGUCCUGGAAGCCGGACAGGACGGAGUGCUCCGCUGUCCAGCCCAUGCACUGCCGAUCCUGAGACCUGCCUAAUGGUGUUUGAGAACCACUGGAGACAGGUCUUCCGAGUGUUGGAUCAGCAUGACGCCUCUUCAUCCAGCGAUGACCUGAUCGCAGUGAGGAAUCACACCGAUCAGAUGCUGUGUCUGCUGGCGGAGGAGCGGCCCGCCGAAGACUUUGAGGGUUCUGCCAGUUUGCCACCGAUGGGUCCCAUCCUUGAGCUUGUGGUCACUGAGAACAUUCUCGAGUGCCUUGUUCAGUGGCACCUGCGUCGCGGUCUUGACCCAGAGAGUCAGGGGGCGCUGCUGAAACUGUUCGAGAUGCUCAUUGGUCAGUCCCAGCAGCCCCUGCUACAGCACACUGCCGUCCUUCACCCACUGUUGCGGCUGCUGGGAACAUGUGCCGACCCGGAUUUGGGUUGUCCUUCGUCUUUGGAGAAUAGUCUGGUUCUGCUGCUUAAUCAGAUAUGCGUGUCCAUGGCUCGGCAGCCUGUGGUUUUGGAGAUGCUGUUCCGGGCAGCGCCGGCCCAGCAAGGUUCCACCAAUCUAUUGAUCUUCUCCCUCCUUGUGCCAUUUAUACACCGAGAUGGAGCGCUGGGACAGCAGGCCAGGGACGCACUCCUGCUGGUCAUGGCAGCAUCGGCGAGCAAUGAAGCAGUGGCUCAUUACAUCACUGAAAACUCUUACUUCUGCCCAGUGUUGGCCACUGGCCUGAGUGCCCUUUACUCCUCCCUGCCCCGGAAGAUUGAGGUCCGAGGUGAUGACUGGCAUGCUCUGCGGCGAGAAGAUUGGAUAGGCGUCUCGUCCCUUGUCUUGUUCAUGAACUCUCUGGAGUUUUGCAAUGCCGUGGUCCAGGUUGCUCACCCACUGGUCCGCACCCAGCUCCUGGACUAUGUCCACAAUGGCUUCCUGGUACCCGUCAUGGGUCCCGCACUCCACAAGUCGUCGGUGGACGAGAUGAUUGCCAGCACAGCAUACCUGGAUCUCUUCUUGCGCAGUGUGUCAGAGACGUCACUCCUUAAAACCUUCCUGCGCUUCAUCCUCCUCCAUCACCUUGACAACGACUCCAUCCUCGACACCCUGGUCACACGCAUCAGCAGCAAUUCCAGGCUCUGCAUGGUGUCUCUCAGCCUCUUCAGGACCCUCCUCUCCCUGAACUGUGAGGAUAUCAUGCUGCAGCUUGUUCUCAGGUAUCUGCUGCCCUGCACCCACCUGAUGCUGAGUCAGCGGCGUGCCAUUCGAGAAACUGACAUCUAUGGCAAGUCUGCCAACAAGUUCUUGUCUCUCAUUCCUGAAUGUUGCCGGGUGAGUGUGGCGCCCUCUGCUGAGCGUGAUGAGGACACUCCGUUUUGGGGCAAAGAAUCUCCAGCCCUGCCCAGACCAAGCACACCGUCCCGCCUGGGCUUCUUUAUCCGCCAACAGAGUAGCGGUGGACUGGGGGGGCCUUCAACCCCUACCAGCGUGGAGCCACUGCAGCCUGGGUCUUCCAGCCCUCACCCUCUGACUCAUGACAGCCUGGCCCACCAGCAGGGUCAGCUGGACUGUCUGGAAUGGGACUCUGGUUAUCUGGAGUAUCUGAAAGAUGCCCGGCGAGGCGUCGAACUCUGCUCUUGGGCCUGCCGGGACUGGUCCGCACCAUAUGACGGAGAUAAUCCCUCAGCAAACACGGCACCCCUGCCUCCUCCUCCCCCAACGUCCAACGCUUCUCUGGCCAUGUUCCCCGAGCACUUCUCACUGCAGCACGCAGGCGGCAGCCAAACCCCUCCUGGCCAACAGAGGGCGGCGAUUGUCGCAGCCGCUCGAUCGGAGUGGCCCAGCUCAGAGCGAGAGAGCGGGGAGUGGGAUGUGACCAUUGGGAACAACAACUGCAUCAGCCUGACACCACGCUCGAAAAAGCGCAGCUUGCAGAGAGAGGAACUCCUGCCCAAGCCGGUUCCCCCUCUCAUCCCUUCCUGUUUGCCUGACGCUUCGUCCGGCUCCCACCCAGCGCCCUCCGCCGCCCCUCACGUCCCAGCCACUGCCAUCACCGUCAGCUACCAGGCCAUGUACAAUGGAGCGAUGAGGCCGGACGACGGCUGCUCACACAGUCGAGAUCGAGAGCUUGCGGUCAAGAAAGUGAAGCGGGACUUCGAGGAGACCCAGUUUUUGGAUGAGAACGCGAAUCGAAACGGAGCCAUGGACACCUGCACUACCGUCUCACAGUCAGUGUUUACCAACAGUGACUCAAGCAAUGCAACGUCUCAUUGCACCAACCAGAAGGUGCCCCCUAGCCCGCCCUCCGACACACCAAACAGUGAUACCUCACACGUGGUGCAGAGUGCACUCCCAGAUCUUCCAGAUGCCAAUCACACACAACAGUCUGUAGAGAGUCUCAUCGAGGAGCUGCUGGAACAAGCUCCGGGAGACCCUCAGCUCCCCGGAGACUCCAACGGUCAGGGCAUCAGCAUCGAAGCCUUCACGCAGGAGCUGAGCGAGCUGGAGAGCCGGGUGAAGGGGCGCGGCAGCUCUGCCGACCGGCAGGAGGAGGCCACAACAGAGUCCCAGGAGGAGGAUCCCGCACUGCCCUGUGGCUCUGGAGCAAAGAUGGACAGCGGCUCCAAAACAGAGUCUUCUGUGGCGAGUGUGUGUCGCCCUGCUACACCCGUGAAUCAGCCGGCAGCUCAGCCCUACACAGGUCCCUUUAUGAUGGUUCUGUUUGCCAAGCUGGAGAACAUGCUCCAGAACUCGCUGUAUGUCAACAUCCUGCUGACGGGCAUCGUGGCGCAGCUGGCCUGCUACCCACAGCCCCUCCUCCGCUCCUUCCUGCUCAACGCCAACAUGGUCUUCCAACCAAGUGUGAAGUCUCUGAUCCAGGUCCUGGGCUCUGUGAAGAACCGCAUCGAUGCUUUCGCCGCCUCGCACGAAGAGUUUCCUGCCAUGCUGAAGAAGGCGCAGCAGUACCUGGUGGCCCGGGGGAAAGUGGACUGGACCGACUCGCCUGCUGCUGUGCCUCCUCUGCGGCGCUCUGACUCACUAGUGAAGAGUCGUAAGCCCUCGCUGGGUGACCUGAUCCUGCGACACACCAACAGCCCAACUCGGGCUCGGAACGCUGCCCAGCUGGCUCUGGCACACGUGCGGGUGGGCGGCCACUCGCUGCACAGCGCCCUGUUUAAGGGCAGCGGAGGGGGCGGAGUCACCGGUCUGGAGAAGCAAGCCGAGGCGCUGCGGGUGAAGAACGCCGUCUACUGCGCCGUCAUCUUCUCAGAGUUCCUGAAGGAGCUGGCGGCGCUGGCUCAAGAGCACGCGGUCAGCCUGCCCUUCCCUCAAAGUCCGGGGGCAGAGGAGUGAAACAAGCCAAUUCUGCCUCCAAACAAAGGGAAUACGAAACCUUUUCUACCAAAAUGUUCUAUGAUGCAGGUCGACUGCAGACACAUCUUGUACAUAUCCUGUAAUAUAUUUACAAUCAAAUGUAGAUUUACGGGGGUAGCUUGAGGUUUGUACAUACACGUACCAUGUGUCAAAGUGGUGAAGACUUCCGCGCCCAUAUUGGUGCUACACCUUUAAGUCAAAGGGAACGAAACACCUUAUCCUCAAAAAAAAAAACAAAACAGGAUUUCACCAAAAUAAUGAGACGUUCAAAGUGAGAAGGUAAGGAACAAGUCAGUCAGGGUGUUGUGGCGAGUGAUAGUGAAGGAUGCAAUACUGCCAUGAAGCUGCAGCUGCUGUCACAUGACCAUACAGGCAACGCCUUCAGUCUGCGUGUUCCGUGGCCUCAGACUCUGUCUUGAAACCAGGGUUUCAGUUGACUCUCUGGCGUCUGAGUCUUAGCUCCGUCACCUUUCUCUGUCUUGACUUCUACGCUACAUUUUUUAAAUGAUUUUAAGGCAUUAUGUUUUAACACACUUCCUUGAUUCAGAUCAAAGCCAGUGAUUGUUUUUAUUUAACAGUUUCAAGUGAAGUCAAACGCUUCACCAGAAGAACCAGUGAAGUAUUUGUGAGGCGUUUGCUGAAUAUCGAUGUUUCUAAACAUCAAAAGAGUACUACGUGCUGCUAUUUUAAUUUCAGCUCCUUCAAUUGAACCAAGUACAUGUGAGGACGGUUUGGAGGCCUCGGCCAAAAUGUCACUCCCCGCCAUCGCCAUGAAUCCUCGCAUCACUGUGAAUCUUCAGUUUGUUUUGUCAGGAAAGACUGCAGUGUUUACAGAACGUCUCCACGUCGGAGAGAUUGCACACAACAAAGUUUUAUUUCAGUCCAUGCAGUUUUGGCUUCUUACAUGAGAUUUUGUUUUCCUUCCUUCAGUGUGCCAACCUUGACCUUCUGUGUACUGACACUGGUUCUCCUAUGUCUUCAGUCGCUUAUGAAUCUCAAUCCUAACUUGCGCCUGACUAACAUGCAGGGUAGUGUUUUUUUUCUUUUCCUAAAUGGAGAGGCGUGUCUACACGUCUGGCAGAACUGGAUCAUAGGUGACUAUGGACAUACAUUUGAAGCAACCACUUUGCUUUCUGAUAAUACCGUCGCCAUUGGUUUCCCCUCACGUCGAAGACACUGUAAUCCGUGAUUGUAUGAAUAUAUGACGUUGUGCAGUCAUGCCUCAGAAAUCUCAACGUAAAUGGCCUCACUUUCACCCAAAAGGAUAAGUUUGGCCUGAUAUUCAUGGCUGUUAUCUCCAGCUCCAGAGUUUUUCCACAAUCGUUUUAGUCUGUUCCUAGCACAAGUUGUCAAAACCCAGGAGGAGGCUGGCUUUAAUCGGCGCUACUGAGGAUCAGACGCUUCAAUUUUUGCAGAGGGUGGAGGAGAUCACUUCAAAAAACAGAUCUGCUAAAUAAAAUCUAGCUGUUUUUUCCUUGUCCUUGUUGCUGAGUCACAGUGCUUUUUGCAAAAGAAGCCGUUUUAGGUCCAACAGGUGAGAUCAGGGAGGGAGGCAACAUCCCACUGCUGCACCUCACCAUCCGUGUUUUGCCUCAGAAAUCACCAUUUCUGUUGAGAUUUGAAGCAGGUGACGAGAGCGUGAAGUCUUUUUUUUGUUAUUGAUAUCAUCUCAGAAAACACAGGACAAUUUGAGUGGGGGUUAUUUUAGACUCAAUGGCAGUGGAGGUCUUUAAUGUGCGCACAGGCUUAUCCACCGCUUCAUUACUCCACGAAGAAAGACAGGGACUCAGAUUUUGAAUUGAGUUGAUUUGAAAAAAAAAAAAACUUUUUUAUUCACGCUGCAUUCAGUUUUUGAAUCAUCUCGAUCGGCUCUAUUUUAAGUAUUUAAAACCUUGUGAUGUACUUGUGUUUUUUUUUUUUUAAUUUCAAAUAUUGGGUUUUGGUGUCUCUCCAUCCACUCGUCCGGGUCUUUUGCAAUUGAGUCCCUUCCUGUUGAAUCUGUGCUUGAAGCCACCUGGUCAACGUUGUGCCAAUUCCACUCCUCAUUUGAUCUCAACUGAGCUGCGAUCUAUGCAAACCUGCCCCAACACCGCCUGCAUCAGCCUGCAGUGAAAAAAGAAAGAAAACGCGGAGAGAGCCGAGGGAGCGAAACUAGUCGAAUGAUGAAUGUUGAAACAAUAUUUUUCUAUACUUUGAGAUCACAUGGUCACACAAAGGAGGAGAUUAAUCGGUGGGAUUAACACUACAAUGAGAAUGUUUGUAUUAAUUUAUAAAAGUCUUUGCCAGAGCAAUAUCACUGGUGUCCU